UGCUCUUUGUGUGGAUGGACAUCGGUAUUAAUAUGCGACCAUCCUGCGGCCUCAAACUCGACUUUUCUUCUCUUUCUUCUUCAGCCCAACAAGCCAUUUCUAAGCUGCCAGUUUCAGAAACUUUUGACCUCGGUCGUCCAUUCUUUCACCACUUUCGAUAUAUCAACAUAUUUUUGAGCGUAUAGCUUCAGCCUUUCAUUACCAAAUUUCAACCAAUUCUUCAAGAUGCGUUACUCUACUGCCGCCGCUGCUCUCUUGGCCUCUGGUGCCAUGGCCACCGAGGUCUCCAAGGUCUACGAGACCAAGCGAGUUACCAUCACCUCUUGCGGUCCUGAGGUCACCAACUGCCCUGCUCGAUCUACUGUCACCAGCAACACCGUUUACCCUGUCCCUCCCCAGGUCACCUCUGCCGAGCAGGGCAGCGAGACCACCGAGGAGGUCCCUGAGGUUCCCGAGACCACCGAGGCUCCUGAGCUUCCCUUGACCACCUCUACCAUCUACUCUACCAACAUCAGGACUAUCACCUCUUGCGGUCCCGAGGUUCCUGACUGCCCCGCCCGAUCUGGUACUCCCGUCGUUGUCACCGAGACCAUUGCUGUCUCCACCACCAUCUGCCCUGUUGAGCCUACCGGUGGUAGCGAGAAGCCUGGAAAGCCUGAGAAGCCCGAGCAACCUGGAAAGCCUGAGCAGCCUGAGAAGCCUAGCCAGCCCGGUUACGAGCAGCCUCCCGCUCCUCCUGCUGAGACCAAGCCCGUUGAGACUCAGCCCGGCUACGAGCAGCCUCCUGCCCCUCCCGCUGAGACCAAGCCCGGCUAUGAGCAGCCUCCUGCCCCUCCCGCUGAGACCAAGCCCGGCUAUGAGCAGCCUCCUGCCCCUCCCGCUGAGACCAAGCCUGCUCAGCCUGAGCACCCCGGCAAGCCUGGCAAGCCCGUUGUCCCCGGACAGCCCCAGAACCCCGGUAACGGCACCGUCCCUCACCCUCCCGUCUACCCCAACCCUCCCGCUACUCAGAGUGGUGAGAAGCCCGUUGUUCCUCCCACUCCUGUCCCCGUCCCCAGCAACCCCGGCAACCCUGAGCAGUGCGUUCCCUCUCAGUCUGUGACUGCUAUCACCAAGGAGUACACCACUGUCCUCACCAGCGUUGAGUACUCUACCAUCCAGGUUCCUUGCCCUACUGGCACCACUCCCGGCAACCCUGGUAACCCCGGCCAGCCUGGCCAGCCUGAGGCUCCUACCGGACCUGCUGUCCCCCCUCCUGCCAGCACCCCCAUUGGCGGUGGUAACCAGACCGUUCCUACUCCUCCUGCCGUUACUGCUGGCGCUGCUACCUUCGCCGGCUCUGCUUUCUUCGCUGCCGUCGCUGGUCUCGCCGCUUUCAUCCUGGUCUAAAACUAUUCCCCUUUCUCUUAGCAUCUGUUGAAGCCUGCAGGCUAUGGCAACUUAUGAACUCUUUUGUGUUUAAUGGUCUUGCUGGAAUGUAUAGUACUCGAGUAGACUUUUGAAUACAUUGCUAUUUUGGCUUA